GUCACUAUGAACUUCAAUUUUAUUGUACAAAAUAAUAUUUGACUAAAGCUGUUAAAGGGAAAGGGAUGUUCCUGCGAAGAGUCUCUCCUCUGUUCUCUACCAUAGCCAAAAGAUCACAAAGUCGCUUCCUUUCGAGUCCGGCUAACUCUACUCAAAAUUGGGUAUUUCGCCACAGCUUACAAGCAACUCGUUCAUACGCAAGUGGAGGACGUAAAGACUACAAUCUCUUUAAUAAUGUGAAACCUGGUGAUGAUAACUUCAGAAAAGCCUGGGAGAAAGAUGAUGAUGAUGAUGAUGAUGAUGAUGAUGAUGAUACUCUAUGGUCAGGAAGUGAAGACGAAACCAAUGAUAAUGGAAGAAACCGUCUUGAGAAAGAGGUUAAGAAAGCUAGGCAACAAGCUAAAAACACCUCUGAUCUAAUCGAUGGAGACGAUAGUGACGAGCUAUACAGUGUUUGGUCAGGAAGUGAUGAAGAAAAAACGUUAUGGACCGGCGAUGAAGGUGAUGACGACGACGAUAUUCCAACAGAACCACACCCAAACGAAGCAUCUGAUAAGUACUUAGACAAGUUAUUUGAGUUCGAGGAGAAGCCAAAGUACAGAACAAUCUCUGAGCUGUUGAAAUCCGAAAACGAGCCUGAGGAGCUUUCGCCAGGUAAACAGGCGAGGAAGCUAGCUGUUGAGAACGCGUUGAAGAAGCUGAACAAAGGUCCUGAUGGGCGUUACACAAACGUGUGGGAAGUGAUGAGUGAUGUGGACAUUUUGAUUGGAGCGUUUGAGAAUAUUAUCUCAGGGCCUGAGUAUGAAGAGCUGAGGAAAGGUGGACCUAAGAGGUUGAACAUGCAGUUUUUUAAGGAUAUACAGACACGUAUGAGAGAUCCUAACUUCAAAUUUACGCCUGAGAUUAAGUUGAAGCCUAAGAGUAAACUAGUGCCUAGGAAGAAAUGGCAGAAGGCACAGUCAAGGAGAAGGAAAGCUCAGAAGCGGUAAAAAAAAAGCAAUACUAAUGUAUUUUAAUAGGUAAGUCCACUCAUCAUAUUACCAAAUCUACAUCAUGUAAGUUCUUGCUGCUAUGUUCAAUAAGAAUGAGUUAAAAGAGUGUUAUGACUGUUUAAUCCUCUGAUGCCAAUAAUCGUUUCCUUUGGAGUGAUUCUGGGGGAGACUUUUAUAUUCCUUCUACUUAAGAAAGAAGCUUUUGAACGAAAAGCUAAAGAUGCUUUGGUCCCUAUUGGACAUUUUUGUUGGGAGAAUACAACUUUUCUGGCACUUUGAUCUUCCAAACUUUUCUUUUCUCCUUUUUGGUGUUAAAAAGUUGGAACUUGUAAUGUUGACACUCUUUUGCCAUUUGAAGCUUAACAAGUCACAAGAUGCUGAUUUUUUGGGUCUUUUCCUAAU